AUGGCCGCAGCGAAGUCAACUCUCUUAGUUUUAGGGAUACUGGUUCAUAUCAUCUAUCUUGCGUCCAUAUUCGAUAUUUAUUUUACUUCUCCCCUAGUUCAUGGCAUGACCCCUUACCAAUCGACUCUAAAGGCGCCCGCAAAGAGGUUGGUUUUAUUUGUUGCCGACGGAUUACGAGCAGACAAAUUUUAUGAACUUGAUGAACGCGGAAAAACUCGCGCACCAUAUUUAAGAGAUUUGAUCGAAACAAAAGCCAGUUGGGGUGUUUCUCACACACGAGUACCUACAGAGUCUCGGCCUGGACAUGUGGCCCUCAUUGCUGGGUUCUACGAAGAUGUCAGCGCCGUGGCCAAAGGUUGGAAAGAGAACCCAGUGGAGUUUGAUUCUACCUUUAAUGAAAGCAGAUACACAUGGUCUUGGGGAAGCCCUGAUAUCCUGCCAAUGUUUGCCAAGGGAGCCAGUGGAAACCAUGUUUUUACAUCCAUGUAUGAAGAUGUUGCAGAAGACUUUGCAAAUGAGGAUGCUGCUAAGCUUGAUACUUGGGUGUUUAAUGAAGUAAGAAAGUUCUUUAGUGCUUCAAUGAAUAAUGAAACUUUGAAGAGGAUGCUUCAUGAAGAGAAAAUUGUUUUUUUCUUUCACCUUCUAGGAAUUGACACCAAUGGCCAUGCACACAGACCAACCUCCCAAGAGUAUCUUAGGAAUAUUGCUGUUGUGGACAAAGGGAUAAAAGACAUGGAAAAUUUAAUUGAAGAAUUUUAUGGUCAUGAUCAUCGAACAGCAUUUGUGUUGACAGCUGAUCAUGGGAUGACUAACUGGGGGUCCCAUGGGGCAGGACAUCCUCACGAAACACUGACUCCCUUAGUAGCUUGGGGAGCUGGUGUACAAGGACCAAUGGCUCCUGCACAAGGUGUUGAUAUUGCCGAGGAGACAAUCAAGUGGAAUCUUGGUCAUCUGAAAAGAAUAGAUGUCAAUCAAGCUGAUAUUGCACCACUGAUGACUUCUCUGAUUGGUGUUCCAUUUCCUCUGAACUCUGUGGGAAUUUUACCAUUGGACUAUCUCAACAACUCUGAGCAAUACCUUGCAGAAAACCUCUUCAUGAAUUCACAGCAGAUUCUUGCUCAAUAUGAUGUGAAAGAAUUGUUCAGAAAGGAAACUUCUCUCUGGUUUCGGCCCUUCUCUUCCUUGGCAGGUGCAAAGAAAACAGGAAUGAUUCGUGACAUAAAAGAGUUCAUGCGAGCCAAGAAGUAUAAAGAAGCCGAGAGCCUAAGCAGAGGUCUAAUCAAUCUUGCAUUAGAAGGACUCAAUUACUACCAGAACUACGACAGGGUUUUCUUAAAUUUAGUGGUUACUCUUGGAUUUUUGGGAUGGAUAUCGUGCAUCAUCCUACAGAUUGUCGAAGAUCAUAGCGAAGUCAUCAAAGAGGCGUCCAAACUCGAUAAAGGGAGUGUCCAGCCAAUGGUGGAGACGGUGCCUUUAAACACCGCAACUUUGGUCCUCGCUUUUCUCGCGCUAAUUCUUUUGUUUAUUCAAAAAGCGCCUUGGAUGUAUUACAGCUACUGCUUAUUGCCCUUGGUGUUUUGGAACCGCAUUGCCAAGAGACUUCACGUGGUCAAAGCGGCUUGGAGCUAUAUCAGUGCAAAACAGUUGCAGCAUAGAGUUCUGUUUACCUUCAUGUUCGGUUGUUUCUCGUUAGAGAUUCUAGUCAUGAGCUUCUUCAGGCGAGAGAUUCUCUCUGUUGGUCUCAUCUGUCUUGCUCUGUGGCCUUUCACCACUCAAUUGUACAGAACUUGCAGGCUAUCUGUAGCAGGUUGGCUGAUCCUCAACUUCGCUCUCUCCGUGUUUCCUGUUCUUCCUGUUGUCGGACGUGAAGCCAACUAUUUCUUGGUGUCUGCGGCAGGAUUCUUAACUUUAAUCAUUUUCUCGUCCCUGUUGUUUUACGUUUCCAGUGUGUCUUACUCACUUAGGACAGAAUUAACAAAAUCAUGUAAAAUCCUGCUCCCUCAAGCACUUCUCACGGGAUUAGCAAUUUAUAUCGUGAACAGUACAGCAGCGAGUCUACAACAAAAACUCGGACUCCCAUUAGUAAACCAACUUGGGAGUUGGACUAUUCUUAUAUCGUCUUUUCUGUUACCUCUGAUCAACUCGAGUAAUUUAACGGUCCGAUUGUCGAGUAUAGCUAUAGCGUUUUCCUCAUUAUAUAUAUUGAUGAGUACUGCCUAUGAAGGCCUGUUUUUGUUAGUCCUCUCGCUGCUAAUGGGUGCAUGGCUUUUGUCUGAGCACAAACUUUCUGGCAAAACCCUUGACGCGCUGUUAGAAACUCAACUAAGUAACGACAGCUCCACGAGCACUCAUCAGCCAGCUUGGAAAGCGCUUACAAGAGGCAUGGACACCCCUGUAACGAGAAAACUCACUCUAGAGGACCUUCGCUGCGCUUAUUUCUUCGUGUUCUUUAUCGUAGUGGCCUUCUUUGGAACAGGAAACAUUGCUAGUAUAAACAGCUUUGAUCCCGCGUCCGUUUAUUGCUUCCUGACUGUAUUCUCGCCCUUCGUUAUGGGAAGUUUACUGCUCUGUAAAGUGCUUAUUCCGUUUGUGAUUGUAGCAUGUGCAUUCGACGCAAUACACGUGGUGCUCUCGAUCCCAGUUCAAAGUCUAGUGUUGGUAGUGCUAGUGAUGACGGAUUUAAUGGGACUGCAUUUCUUUUACCUUGUGCAGGAUAGCGGUAGUUGGCUAGACAUUGGGACAAGUAUCAGCCAUUUUGUUAUCAUGAUGGCCUUUAUUAUAUUCUUGCUUCCAAUAUUCGGUCUGGCUAGGCUCUUCACAGGUGCGUCCUUAGUAUUCAGGACGAGCAAGAAAAUAGCCUAAAGGGCGGAACACACGAGCCGACAAUGUGCUGCAGCAGGUCCCACUCCAAAUCGCCCCUUACGUACCGUUAGCACUGCCUGCAAAACGCGUCGUUGCGACUUGUUUUAAGGACAGAAUGCUGUCCAGGGGAUACAGCUUUUCAUGAAAAAAAAAACUCAUGUCACACGUAGCGAAUUGUCGCUGAAUGUGUUCUGACCGUCAAUAGGCCACACCUAGUUCGCUCAAACCUUAAGGAAAUUUUAAGAUAUAACUGAGUAAGGUUAAAUAUUGAAAUAGUAACUUAUGACUAAAGAAACAAAAGGAACAUGCAUGUAGGAAAGCCAAAAUUGGAAUGAGAGGGCAAAUUUCAAACGAUUUGUCUGUGAGGAUACUUGAAAUACAAAGGACCAAAUUCUUUCAAGUUUA